UAAAAACUGUGGGGAGCACAGUCAUAUGACAAUACAUGGCUUUAUGCGUAACGUAAUGUGUUUGUCGUUUUAUCGGUUUCGUGCUUUAGCGUAUGUAAAAAUUAUUAGUAUUCAAACUUAUCCAUAAACUGCAUUUCAAAAGUUUUUAUCUGUUACUGUUAGUUCAGAAAAUAUUAUGGGUUGUUGUUUCAGCAAUGAUGAUGACAAAGGCUCACAGGUUGGAGACCCGCAUGAAAGAACAACACUUCUGGGGAAUCCUGUAAGCAACUCUUCAACCAGACCUGGCUGUGAUGAUUAUGGAAGUGGAAUGAAAUAUCCACAUAAUCAGAGAGCAGAUGAGCAGUCUGCACUUAAUAGAAUACUUCAUGAAACUGCUACGAAUGUGAUUGAUGUAUCAGCUAUGAAUUCCCACCUAGAACAACAUGAAUAUCUAGACAGAGCUCGCCAGUACAAUCAGAGAGUUGCAGCCACUGCUCAAAAAUAUACAUAUCCACAAAAAAGACCAUCCUUAUUGUUAGACCUUCCAGCAACAGAAAAGAAUCUUUCAGCCAGUCCAAUACCCCAAAAAGAUCUGAAAUUGCUUAAGAGUGCUUGUGAAAAUGCUGUUAAUGCACUUCAAGAGAUCAAAGUGCAGCACCAGGAGGAACUAGUAGUUCAGUUUGGAAUUCCAUGAAUUGCUUGUCAACAUCAUAUCAAUUGCUGAAUUCAGAGAUUCAUGUAAUUGUACAGGUAAUAUGGAAUGAUUAGUCUUCAUUAGUGGAUUCCCUCCACUACAACCAAGUGACAUUUUUGAACAUUUAGCAUUCUUGACCGAAUUGACAAAAAUCCGCUAACAACUUUUGAGAAAGAUCUUAAUUUUUUAAAGGGUUUUUUAAAACUAAGUGCUGCUUUAGACAUUGGUGUACAAAUUAUGCCGGAUAAUAAGAUAAAGCUAAGCUCUAGGUUUUUUUUUUUGUUAUGUUACUUUAUUAUUGUUGAAUAUAUGUUGUAGACCUUAUUAUGUUCAAGAAAAUGUUUUGAAAGAAAUAAUUUUGCAAAUCCAACAAAUAAAUCAUUUAAAUAAUCAUAAGCAAAAUAAUAUAAUAUUGCAUAGUUUUGUGACACUAUAUAUACUUUUUAAUACAAAUAAAUGUUUUUAAAGUACAAUGACAGUAUGACGUGCUCCAAACUGUGAUUGUUCAUUUUCUUUCCUUUUUAUGAUAUCAGUGUUCCAGUUGGCAACUGACUAAGUGCAACAUUGUUUGUUAAAUCUAAGUCCAAAUGUUUGAGCAUGUUUCUGAAAGUGCCAUUAAAAGGAACUGUUAAAUACAUUUAUAUAGAAUCAUGGAGGGCAUGUGUAAUUUGUACUUAAAUUGUCCUAUGCCUGAUGACAGAUUCUAUUUGAUUCUCAUGCUAAUAAAUAAAUUCAAACAUGUAUUAAAA